UGCAUUUUGAAAAAUCAGGCAUAUUCUGCGGACAGACUGCAGUCGAUCAGGUUUUCUGUUCUGGGUUUGAAGACUAUUUGAACUAUUGUUCCUUUGAGCAGUUUUACUGACCCUGGUCAGUUUUUGGUGUAGUAAUCAAACAGAAUUAAUUUCAUCAGUAAUUUUUAUCGAUCAGGCCAGAGCUCCAGCAAUGCAUCACUUUAUUUCUUUACUGUUAUUCAUUAUUGGGCUGCAUGUGAGCAUUCAGUCAGUUAUAGUACUAGAGUCUAAGCCAAGAAAUUACAAAUCAGUGCUGACUGUGUCUAAUGGAAUGAACUGGGGUUCUUGGAAGUCUAAGGAAAUCUGUCCAACUGGAAUGUAUGCUGCAGGGUUUAGUCUAAAGGUGGAAGAACUUUCCUAUGGCGUUUGGGAUGAUAACACUGCACUGAACGGGAUUCGCCUUCACUGCAUCGAUCCGUCCAAAGCCGUAACAGUCGUAUAUCACGACUACGCCACAGUCCAGUCAGAAGUAGGAAGCUGGGGUCAAUGGACAAAAAUCAAAUGGUGUCCUUUUGGGCUCUUGACUGCUUUUCAGCUGAGAGUUGUAUCAUCCCAAGGCAUUGAAGACGACACGGCUGUCAACAACAUCAGAUUCAGAUGCACUCACGGGACUUUGCUGAUGGGUGACGGCACAGGCUGGGGAGAUUGGGGUGGCUGGAGCUCAACAUGUGAAGGGUUAGGGAUCUGUGGCAUCAUGACAAGGGUAGAAGAGCAUCAGGGGACAUGGGGAGACGACACCGCUCUCAAUGACGUGCGCAUGAUAUGCUGUGAUUAAAUUCAAUAUUCUCCUGUUCUCUUUAAUUAUUGCACGGCUUGGCUAUUGUUGUCAGAUUUGCCAUUAGUCGUUUCUCUAAAACCCAUUAUAUCCUCCUGAAGCUGAUUAUGACACAGUCUAAUUAUGCUGUAUAUAUGACAUUAUGAUCCUCAUUAAACUUCAGAUCAGAUCUCUUCUCAUACUGUAACCUGGAACUAAAGGUGUUCGAGAUUGUAGUAAAAUCUGCUUGCGCCAUCUAGUGGACAAAGAUGAAAACAUU